AGGCGGAAGUGCCGCGGGCCGCCGCCUCCGUCCGGGCUUGCGGCCCCUGCCGGUUACAUAACUCGUUGCGGGCUUCGCGCGGCCUCACUUUUCGGCUGCCUGUGACCCCAGGAUGCGCUGAGCCCCACGACGGCGUCCGCUGCCGCCGGCUCCUGCCAGAGGUGUGAAUGACAGAGGUGGUGCCGUCCAGCGCCCUCAGCGAGGUCAGCCUGCGCCUCCUCUGCCACGAUGACAUAGACACCGUGAAGCAUCUGUGCGGCGACUGGUUCCCCAUCGAGUACCCAGACUCAUGGUAUCGUGAUAUCACCUCCAAUAAGAAGUUCUUUUCCCUCGCCGCCACCUACCGGGGCGCCAUCGUGGGAAUGAUAGUAGCUGAAAUAAAAAGUAGGACCAAGAUACACAAGGAGGAUGGAGAUAUUCUAGCCUCCACCUUCUCUGUUGACACACAGGUCGCAUACAUUCUGAGUCUGGGAGUGGUCAAGGAGUUCAGGAAGCACGGCAUCGGUUCCCUCUUACUCGAGAGUUUAAAGGAUCACAUAUCAACCACCGCCCAGGACCACUGCAAAGCCAUCUACCUGCACGUCCUCACCACCAACAACACAGCAAUAAACUUCUACGAAAACAGAGACUUUAAGCAGCAUCACUAUCUCCCCUAUUACUACUCCAUCCGAGGGGUCCUCAAAGAUGGCUUCACCUACGUCCUCUACAUCAAUGGUGGCCACCCUCCCUGGACAAUCCUGGACUACAUUCAGCACCUGGGCUCCGCUCUAGCGAACCUCAGCCCCUGCUCCAUCCCGCACAGGCUCUACCGCCAGGCCCACAGCCUGCUCUGCAGCUUCCUGCCGUGGUCCAGCAUCUCCACCAAGGGUGGCCUCGAGUAUAGCCGGACCAUGUGACGCCGGCUGGGCGGCCUCCGCCAGGCCCCACCCUUCGGCACCCCGCAGAACCCGCCUUCCUGGCCGUCCGACUUCCGUCCUCUGCAACAGAGCUGGUGGCUGCUCGCCGGGCCCGUCGGCCUGCCCCAGCUGCAGGCCCGGUGCUACGCGGGCUCGGACCAGAGCGUCGUGGGGCAUGCCUGGUCUCGGACAGGCUUUUCCAGUCCUCCUUUCUUUUCUGGUAACCUGUGGAAACCGCCGCCUCUGCCUGUGUCCUGGUCCUGCCCCCAUGAGCGUGCACCGGCCCCGCUGGCCAGGUGAGGUGCGGCAGCAUCCAUUGUGGUCUGUUCCUUCCACUGCUCCCUUCCCCUCCGAUGCCCAUUCCUUCCAGUUCCUUCCUCCAGAGCCGGAAUGAACUAAUGGACGGCAGGAACCCAAGUGUUGUGGACAGACUUGACCCUGAAGACAGAGGAGCCUCAGAACAACGAGGGCGUGAGAUAAAGGGAGUGCCAGACCCUUGUCCAACACCGGCUCCCAGAAACCCGGGGUACGGGGAGCAGCCCCUGCCUGUCCAUGGAGGGCUGGCUCACGGUGGGCGGGGCCAGGGAGGCUUUUCCCCCAGGCACAGAGCUCUGGGGCUUGGACCCUGACACGAGAGGUCAGAUAAUGCAACAAUUCCCCACUGCUCAGCUGGGAGGUCAGGCCCUCUGGCAGCAUCCUGCGGGGGGCUUCAUACUGUCGCGGAGGGCACGGGGCUGCCCCAGGGAGCUGGGCUGAGGACAGGUGCCAGGGAGGUUCCUGGGGGGUCUUCUCCCCAGUCCCCCAAGUCCACCAGCUGCAGCUCCGAAAGGAUGUCUGUCGAAAGGGACCUGGCCUUCGGGGCUGGGGGUUGUCGUGUGCCUUGUGGUCCCUCAGCCCCUGGGGGCAGCGACAGGAGAGGCUAUCAGCGCCAGGAGGUGCGCGCAAACAUCACUUGCUUCUGGUGUCACUCUCACCCCCGUUCCCCAAAGCUGCUUGCUCCCCAAAGCUCCUCUCCAGAGGAGAGGGGGUAGCAGGGCCAGGCUCGGUGUGGCCGCAGCGUGCCGGCCUGAGAGGAGAAUGAGGAACAGCCAGGCCGGGGGGCCUCCGGGGCAGUCACGCUUCCUUCCCUCAGAACUGCACAGUCUGGGACCACCUCCACUCAUGAGGUAGGAGAGAGGGAUCCUCGAGACGAGGAGAAGCCCUAGGCAGGAGACACGCUCUCCCCCCUCCCCCACCUCGUGACUGGUGGUGCCUCUCGGGGUGAGAUUCCCCCGCCUGUGCACUGACCUUGGCUUCAUGCUGAGGCCCAGUUUAGUGUCCUCUCUAAUCUGAACCAACGGUGAUCGUAUGAUUUUUAUUUCUGCCCCGAGGGGUAAGGGCAGAGUCUUCUGGAAGGUUUUGCCUUGGACUUUCAUAAUUGAGCUCAGAGGCCUUGCCCUGCCCCCUCCCUCCCUGCCCCCAAUCACUGCAGUGUCCAGCCCAGUGUUGAACAGAUUGUAGUGUUUUGUCUCAUUACAAACAAAUAAACAGACUUUAAUUGGUCACA